UAUAACUAUGAGUAGGUAAGCAUUAUAAUGCAUUAUUCUCUAAGAUAUAACUAGGUAAUUAUUAUAAUGUAUUAUAGUUGUUUAUAAGAAGCUAUAACAUAUUAACCUAUUAUGAGAUAUUACUAAUGCAUGUAUAAUGCCUUUACAAUGCUUUAUAAAUAUGGGCUUCAUAGAAAGUGUUACCGAUAUUUUUACCAGAAAAUAAGACAAACAUACUCAGUAAGAAAAUUACUUUUUGCAGUCUAAAAAUUUCUAAUGGUAUUGCCCACAAAAAAAAAAAGAAAAACAAAAAGAUGCAUGUUGUCAUACUAUAUGGGGGCGAGUUGUCACAAUAACAACCUGCUGUUUAUUGGCACUGAUUUUAGAAGAAUCCCUUUUUUACUUGAUCAGUUUUACCUUUCAUUUAAAAUCUACCAUCAUUAUAUAGUUGACUCUUUUCUUAAAGGAUUCAAUAUUCUGGGUUCAGCACAAGUUCAGCUCAAUCGACAGCAUUUGUGGCAUAACUUUCAUUUAAACAACAAUUUAAGGAACUUAACAGCUCAAAUAAUACAUGAGUUUUAACAGAAGAAUUAAUGUAAGUGUUUUUAUAAAAUUAUAAGCUUCACAUUUCUGCCUUUAAAAACUGUCCCCAUUGUAAAUGUCUCACUGGAACACAGAUUUCCCACCUGAAUUUUAAGAUGGUGUCCAACCAUUAUUUCAUACUCAGAUAAACUGCUUUUUUAUGAUCAUCAAAGUGGUUAUUUUGGUUAUUUGUAAAAUGAUUUUGGUCCACUGAAAUCUGCAUUGAUUGGAGAUUGCGAUAUAUUGGCCAACACAAUAACAGAAAGUCAUCUUUCCUCCUUUCAAACGGACACAAUGACAUGGUUAUUUGAGUUAGAGGAGCUCAGGCCCAGCUUCAAUGGGACAGAUGAGAUUUCAACACCAUGCGGGACAGCGUGCUGGUGAUAGCAUCACUGAACGGGGGCGUUCAAGUCUUCCUGUGGCUUCCACUGCAGGCAGAGGACACUGAUAGAGCGGGAAGUGGGUGAUUUUGCAGGGUUUAUCUCGUGUGUUGGCUUGGCACUCAUCUAUCUAGCAAUGGCUACAUGUAACAGCAGAUGACUGAUGCUGAUAACACGCCUGACUGAACAAGGAACAAGAGAAAUACAGAUGAAUGCAGUGGCCAUCAUGGCUGUUGUCCACUAAAGCAGUCUGUAAAUAAGGGAGCCUUGACAUUAAUUAAUUCACAAACAAAAGAUGCUCAAAUGAUUGUGUGUUGUAACUUUAUACCGUAUGGUUGUGGAGCAAUCUGCGGUCCCAGGCCUGAAAUCUCGCCACAGUGUGAGGAAAGAGUAUGUGUCAACUGAGAGUCUGUUACUCAACACAGUGCAAGAGAACAGGCACUAAGACAAACUCCCAACAUCUGAUUGAAUUGAUCCAAAACAUGAUAGUAACAGUGGUUUUCUCUCAUAUUCUCAGAGGGCGAGUGGAGGAAGAGAGAGAGGGAGAGACACAGACAGACGUCCAUCUUUCUCUCUCUCUCUCAUUCUCCCUUUACUUUCUCUCUUCACCGGCGGUUUCAUCAGCAGACGGAUGAGAGCGUAAUGCUGGACCAUACAACGCAUUAACACAAAAUACUUAAAACGAUGACAUCACCCUCUUCCCCACUGGCCUCCCCAUCCCCAUGCCCACCUCCCCCUCCUUCCCUCCCUUCCUCUCCCACGCCGUCAUCCCCUGCCCCCUCCAGCCUCCCCCUGGCGCCCUCCCUGCCGCCCACCGGAGAGGUGAUGGUUCUGGCUUUGGGUCGUAAGAAGCAAAGGUUCCUCAUUGCCCUCUCCAUACUGCCCAACCUCUUCCUGUCCUUUCUGCUGUCCUCUGACCCGCUCCUGACCCUGACGUCGCCCUUCCACUGCCUUCUGCCAGGACCCUCGCCCGCUCCUCAGGCGCUCAAUGAAUCAUUACGGGCUGAGAAAGGAGACGAGGGUCUUGACCAGUGCAAACAGUAUGUGUUUGUCAACGGGACGCCGUCUGGGCUCACGGACUGUAAAGCCGGCUUUGACUACAAUGUCACGGAGGGACUGAGGGAUAACAUUGUCACAGAGUGGGAUCUGGUUUGCACACGCUAUUGGCUGGUUCCAGUAGAGGAGGUGUGCUUCAUACUGGGCAUCCUGACUGGCAGUCUGGCAUUUGGCUACAUGUCUGACCGAUUAGGCAGGCGUAAAUCUCUUCUGGUCUCGCUGACGCUCACGGUGGUGUUUGGUGUGCUGGUAUGUGUCUCACCUUCACCGCCUGUCUUCAUCACCAUGCGUUUCUGUCUCGCUGCGUUGAGCACUGGUGUCUACCUCACACUAUAUGUCUCACGUUUGGAGCUUUGUGACCCUUCACUGCGACUGUUAGCGACUAUGAUGUCUGGAAUGACGAUUUUUGCGGGUGAACUUUUGCUGUUGGGUGUUGCUCUUGGGUGUCAGUCCUGGAGGGGGCUGUUAGGAACCGGAGCUGCUCCUCUGUCUUUGUUCCUGUGCUAUGGGAUCCCGGGAGUUUUCCCAGAAUCGCCGCGCUGGCUGCUGCUCUCCGAGCGGACGGGAGACAUGAAUUCCUUCAGUGAACGCAACGAGCGACAGAGAGAUGAUGACAGCUUUACGGAGUUGGACACAGAUUCGUCCUCGUCUCUUGGACGUCCCCUACUGUCCUUUCCAGAGCUGCUGCAUAGCAGAAACAUCUGGAAAAAUCUCUGCGUGCUGGGAUUCACAUCGUUCAUCGCUCAUGGCAUCAGUCACUGCUACAGUUCAUUCAGAGGUGACGUCCGAGGCAUCGUCCCCAGUUUCUAUUGGACGUACCUGCUGUCAGUAUGUGCAGGGGGCGGGGCUUGGCUGUUGCUCUGGGCAACGGUGGACAGGUUUGGUCGUCGUGGAAUUCUUCUUCUGGCCAUGACAUUGACUGGACUGGCCUCAUUAAUACUGCUCGGGCUCAUGGACUAUUUGAGUGAGUCUGCCAUGACUGUGUUCUCUGUAAUGGGCUUGUUCUCGUCUCAAGCGGCUGCUUCUCUCUCCAUCCUCUUCACUGCUGAAGUCAUGCCAACCGUCAUCAGAGGAAGUGGCGUUGGAGCUGUAAUGGCGCUGGGUUGCGUGGGUCGCCUCAGUUCUCCUCUCAUGGAUCUGCGCAAUCACCGCGGCUACUUCCUGCAGCAUGUGGUCCUCUCCUCUUUGGCUCUGCUCGCAGUCCUAUCCAUCCUGCUUCUUCCUGAGAGCAAACGCAAACCACUUCCACAGACGCUGGCAGACGGAGAGCAGUACCGGCGCCCUCCGCUGGUCAGGAAGAGGCGAGACAACGUUCCUCUACUCGCUACACCCAACCCAGAGACCUAGCCCUCAGCCUUCAAUCACAGACCUUGGAGCUGAGUCCGCUUAACCUUAACUUCGUAGUCAUUAGGAGUCUUCGCACAAGGUCUCUCUCUUGACACGUGAGGGGUGAAAGGUCCCGCGGAGAGCGAUGCAUCCACAGAGUACGCAAACGCUCCUGUCCACCACGUCACAGCGCACAGUAGGAUAAACCAUGAGUUAAUGGUGUAUGCCCCACGUGAACAUCAAAGUCUGACCCAUGUAGCAUCCAGUGACUUAAUAGUAAUAGCAGACCAUAACAGACUUCACAGAGACAAGGGCUCAAAUCUCAAUGGUCAUUUUUAAACAUAUUUAUCUUCUUUCAACAAAAACACAUUUAAGUUCUCACUCAAGAUGGAAGAGGGAAAGGAAUAUGAACUUUGUAGUUAUUUAACACAUUGCUGCUCAGAAUGGCAGGAUUGUUAGGAAAGGACUGAUCUGCACUUUUGGCGAGCGACUGUGAGGUUCCUCCAUGUGAAGAAUUCUUUAUCAGCACUCUGACUACAUUCUAGAUAUUCCACAUGACCCUCUUGGUUUCAGACACAGUUAUAUUCCAGUUUACAAAUGACUUAAGCUCUAUCAACAGCAAAGUAAUUUCGACUCAAUAAUUUUGAUAAAAAAUUUGGUAAUGCAUAACCAGACAUUCACCUACCUGUAACAGUUGUCCCACCUCAAAAGGACAAUUUCGAACUUUACAGAUCAAAUAAUAAGCAAAUAAUUAAUGUAAGCGCUUUAACAAAAAUCCAAGCUGUACAUUUCUGCUUUUAAGCCCCCCAGUGCUUUCGUCCCAAAGAUUUCCAUUUUAAGUGCAUCACUGUAAAUGUAAUUUUUUAGACUAAUUUUACAGCAUGCUGCACUUGCUGUUGAUAGAGCUCACGUUGUAAUUAAACUGUAAAAAUCACGGCUUCUUGAAAUUCAUGAGGAGUACAAAAGAUGAAAUGUUGACACGGGAUUUAUUUGUCUCACAUCUAACUCUCAAUGUUGCCUUUUCUUCCUCUGCCUAUUGCAUUUUCAGAUAAUGAGAAAAUGAAUACGGGAAACAUGAGUUUUGUAGCUUUCUUUAAUGCCUCUUUGUGCUAGGUUCUUAAAUUAUUAUUAGUAAUAAUUUAAUGGUUAUUAUUACUACCUAAUAUAUCAAUAAUAAAGGAUAUUAGUAAUAAGGUAUGAUGAAAUAAUAACAAACAAUGCUGUAGUUAUAUUAAUAAAUCUUUAACCAAGUCUUACUGAAAAUAAAAUGUGGUCAAAUGAUUAAAGGUUAUUUCUAUUUA